AUGACCAUCUCAUCUGAUUCUACUGCGCCCCUCAUUGCUGUCGUUGGCUUAACGGGGCUACAGGGAGGCAGUGUCAUUAACAACCUAGUUACGUCGGACAAGGUCUACCGCAUUCGUGGCCCUACUAGGGAUGCGAACAAAGAAGCUGCUCAGACCCUUGCGAAGCGGGGUGUCGAGGUUUUCACCUACAAUUUCUCCCAGCUUGAUGCUGUAAUGUAA